CGGCCCUGCUGCACGUGAGCGGCCCCGCCGGCGGUCCCGGGGCGGCUGCGAUGGAGCUGCCGGCCGUCAGCCUCAAGGCUAUCAUUCUGGUACACUGGCUGCUCACAGUGUGGGGAUGCAUGAAUUACAUGUUGCCAGUCUCCUAUGCCUGGGGAAAUUUCAGUGUCCUUGCAGUGGGAAUCUGGGCCAUUGUGCAGCGAGAUUCCCUUGAUGCCAUAACAAUGUUCUUGACUGGCCUGCUGCUCACAGUCCUCACAGACAUCAUUCACAUCUCUAUCUUCUACCCUUCACGGGAAUACCUCAGUGAUGCAAAGCGUUUCAGUAUCGGCAUGGCCAUCUUCAGUCUGCUCCUCAAACCCGUGUCCUGCUAUUUGGUGUACAGAAUGUAUCGGGAGCGUGGAGGAGAGUGCACCUUUAACAUAGGUGUCGCCGGUGCAGGCCAGGACCGCAGCAGCUACGAGCCCAUCGAUCAGCCAGAUGCGCCUCCGCAGUGGCCUUCCUCGGACAAGGCAGCCCAGCCGCUGUACUGAGGCACCCUGCACUCCAGGACAGACACUGCCCUCACCCAGCCAGGCCUGCCACUCUUCCCAUGGAGCAGCACCUGCUACUGGGCAAACAGAAGAGCUGAUAUUUCAUUUGCCUAUCUGAAGGUUGGGCAGAUGGGCUCUGCAGUAAGUCCAGAAGAUCUUGGAGGUGUCAUGUUAAGCACUGUGACUCACUGUAAUCCCAGUACUCUCCUUUCCUCCCUCCUCCUAAAUCCCUCCUCUGUACAUGUGACUGGAUGCACCUUCUGCAGUCUUCCAUUCUUUCACUGUGUUUCUUCUUUGUUAUCAGAGAACCACUCAAAGUACUCCUGGACAAGCAAUCUUUAAAAGGCUUACGGACUGCCCCAAAACAAUACAGUGUAGCCUGAUUUUAUGCAGAUGUAUUUCCAGGAAACAUCUAGGAGUUCCCAAAAGCUGGUUUUUAUGGCAUUAUUUAAAAUUUUUUGUGCUCCCAGUAUCUGGUAUUGGGUUUUAUUAACUGAUGCUUUUACACAAGUUGAAUGUCCUUCAGGAUACUUCAAAAGACUCUUGAAUGUCGAUUGUAGAUCCUUUGUGCCUUGAAAUACCCUUUUGCCUUCAUCUGCUUGUCUUAACAGAACUUGAAAUAUUACAUUUUUUUCUAAGAAAAAUAUAAAAUGAACACAGUUUUUCUGUGUUAGAAAAAGUUA